UUGAAGUGUCAAAGACAUGUGUGUAUUUGUCGGUAUCGUACGACGAACUACUCGCGGGUUUUUAAAACUAAAGAUAUAAAUGAUUCUUACCACUGUUCGGGAACAAGACAGUUUAAUAAUAAUCCAGCUAUCUUUAGCUAACCCCUAAAUAAUGUCUCUGCCACAGAAAAAGUAUUACAGACAACGUGCACAUUCUAACCCAAUCGCCGAUCAUUGUUUUGAUUACCCAGCUCACCCAGAUGAUUAUGAUUGGUCUGCUUUGUAUCCUUUGAUAAACAAUGAUGAAAACAAGAAUAAAAAGGUUGAGUUUUUAGAUGUUGGCUGUGGAUAUGGAGGUCUAUUAGUUACACUAUCACCAAUGUAUCCUAAAAGCUUGAUGUUAGGCUUAGAGAUACGUGUAAAGGUGUCUGAUUAUGUUAAUGAUAGGAUUCAAGCACUGAGAGUACAACAUACUGAUCAAUACCAAAAUGUUGCUGUUUUACGAACAAAUGCUAUGAAAUAUUUGCCAAACUUCUUCCACAAAGGACAACUCAAAAAGAUGUUCUUUCUUUACCCGGACCCACAUUUCAAAAAGGCAAAACACAAGUGGAGAAUAAUUAAUAAAUGGUUGUUGUCUGAGUAUGCUUAUGUGUUAGCUGAACAGGGUAUUGUUUAUACUAUAACAGAUGUGAAGGAUUUAAAUGAGUGGAUGGUAUUUCAUUUUGAAGAACACCCAUUAUUUGAAAGGAUACCAGAUGAAGAACUGAAAUCGGACCCAAUAGUCGAUAAAUUAUAUGAAAGUACAGAAGAAGGUAAAAAAGUGACUAGAAAUAAUGGAGACAAAUUCGUUGCAGUAUUCAGACGGAUUCCUGAUAAAGUAUCAAAAAAUUCAUAGAUUGAAUUAUAUAAUCACUUUAUUUUUAUUAUACUUAUUAAUUACAUAAUAAAUUGAUACAAAAAAGUAA